CCAUGUUUGCUACUUUUCUUUUCUUCAAGCUUUUAAUUAAAGUUUUUUUGGCUCUCCUAACCCAUUUCUAUGUCGUCAAAGGAAAUAGAAAAGAAGCAGCUAGGAUAGCUGAAGAGAUCUAUGGUGGAAUAUCAGGGUUCUCGUUCAAAAUAGACCGACGCUUUGUGAUUAGAAUACGCUAGAUGACUUUGAAGACAUUAGAUAACAGCAGUCUUAUCCAAGGAAAUAAGACCUCCAAAGACGAAGCAUCAGAAUGCUUCAAUUAACUGGGGAAAAUGAGAAGAAUGUUGACGUUUCAGGAAGUGUCAGAAGGCCCGCAGUGUGGAAAGAGGUUUCUUUUGGGGAUUACAUUUGUCACACAUUUCAGGGAGACUGCUGGGCUGAUCGAUCCCCACUUCAUGAAGCUGCAGCCCAGGGGCGCUUACUGGCCCUUAAAACGUUAAUUGCACAGGGUGUCAAUGUGAACCUCGUGACAAUUAACCGGGUCUCUUCCCUCCAUGAGGCGUGCCUUGGAGGUCAUGUUGCCUGUGCUAAAGCCUUAUUGGAAAAUGGUGCAAAGGUCAAUGCAGUGACGGUUCAUGGAGCCACACCCCUUUUCAGUGCUUGCUGCAGUGGCAGUGCUGCAUGUGUCAACCUGCUGCUGGAGUUCGGAGCCAAGGCCCAGCUCGAAGUGCACCUGGCUUCCCCCAUCCAUGAGGCAGUAAAGAGAGGUCAUAGAGAGUGCAUGGAGAUUCUGCUGGCAAAUAACGUGAAUAUUGAUCAGGAAGUGCCUCAGCUUGGAACUCCCCUGUAUGUGGCCUGCACCCACCAAAGGGUAGAUUGUGUGAAGACACUUCUAGAAUUAGGAGCCAGUGUUGACCACGGCCAAUGGCUGGACACCCCUCUCCAUGCUGCAGCGAAGCAGUCCAGUGUGGAAGUCAUCCACCUGCUGGUAGACUAUGGGGCUAACCUGAAGUGCAGAAAUGCUCAGGGAAAAAGUGCACUUGAUCUGGCGGCCCCGAAAAGCAGAGUGGAGCAGGCGCUCCUGCUCUGGGAAGGCCCACCUGCUCUUUCCCAGCUCUGUCGCCUGUGUAUCCGAAAGUGCUUGGGUCGAGCGUGUCAUCAAAGCAUCCAUAAGCUACAUCUACCGGAGCCACUGCAAAGAUUCCUCCUCUACCAGUAGUCCCAACUCUCCAUGGAAGGUCUUGGAAAUAAUCAGGUAGUUGCCUGCUGUACGCAGGGUACUUAAUGUAGAUGCCCAACAGCUAACAUCUCAGUAUCAUCAAAUGAGCUAAGCCAGUUAGAUUAAAUCCCUGAUGAAUCAGAAACAUGUAGGGAGUGGAAACUCGUGGUUAGUUUAAUGUUCUCAUUAACCAAGGGAUAAUCAGAAACCUUUCAUUUUUACCACUUGUUGUAUAAAGUUUUAAAAAACUAUGAAAUAGAGUGAAAAUAAUUAGCUAUUUUUGAAGUCUCAUGAUCUUUAAUUAUCUAAGGGUCAACAUUCUGAAUAUCAUGUAGAUACAUGUAAAUCAGGUUGAAUAAGAUUAUGAUGAAUGUGAAUAUUAUAAAAUGUGAUUUAAUUCCUCCCUCUUUCCCCCUUUCUUUCCUUCUAUGAAUAAAUCUCUGCUAUAAUUUUGA